AUGACGAAUUUCACACCCGACUUAUGGGGCGGAAACUUCAAACGGAUGCUGAUUGCUGGAGGCGCCAACUCAACUUCGUUUCGCCACAUUUGGCAUCAGCUGCUGGCUGUCGUUAAAAGUCGCGCUCAAAGGGAAAAUUUGAUCCAGAGCCCCAGCAACAUGUCGAUGGCCCGGAAUACCAGCAGCGGCGAUCUGCAAACCAAUGGGGAACACAAAUCGAACACCCACUUUAUGCGCAAGAUUCCGCCGGGAGCCGAGGCGAGCAACAUCCUGGUGGGGGAGGUGGACUUCUUGGACAAGACGCUGUCCGCGUUCCUGCGGCUGAACAGCGCCUCGGUCAUGGGAGAUCUGACCGAGGUUCCGGUGCCGACCAGAUUCAUUUUUAUCCUUCUGGGCCCGCCCGGAAGCCACGGCAGCUUCCACGAGAUAGGACGUGCCAUGGCCACGCUUAUGUCCGACGAAAUAUUCCACGAGGUAGCCUAUCGUGCCAAGAAACGGGAACAUCUGCUAGCAGGAGUGGAUGAAUUUUUAGAUGCAGUCACAGUGCUUCCACCGGGUGAGUGGGAUCCCUCGAUUCGGAUAGAACCACCGGCAGCCAUUCCAUCGCAGGAAGUGCGCAAGCGUCCUCCGGAAAAGAACCCCAAAGAGGAAGUGGACGAAGAAGAGGAAGAACAACGACAACGAGAAGAGUCCGGGUUGUCCAGGACCGGCCUACUGUUUGGCGGGUUAAUCAAUGAUCUGAAGCGAAAGAAGCCGUUUUACUUGUCGGACUUCAAGGAUGGCCUAUCGAUGCAGUGCGUUGCCUCCUGGAUCUUCUUGUACUUUGCAUGCCUUUCGCCUAUCAUUACGUUUGGGGGAUUGCUCGGGUCGGCCACCGGUAAUAAUAUUGCAGCUAUGGAGUCCUUGGUGUCCGGGUUUGUCUGUGGAAUCGGAUACGGAUUCUUUUCCGGCCAGCCCUUGACGAUUCUGGGUUCCACCGGUCCGGUACUGGUGUUUGAAACCAUUGUGUAUGAUUUUUGUACCAGAGUCGGAUGGGAUUACAUGACCUUUAGGUUCUGGAUUGGUACCUGGGUGGCGAUCAUCUUGCUCAUUCUGGUGGCCAUCGAUGCCAGUGCCCUGGUGUGCUACAUCACGAGGUUUACCGAAGAGAACUUUGCCUGCCUGAUUGCGUUCAUCUUUAUCUACAAGGCAGUUGAGAAUGUGCUUCACAUUGGAAAAGACUUUCCUCUCAAUACAGGUGCCAAAUACGAUUGUUCCUGUCUACCGCCGGCAGGACAGCCCACAAGCAACGAAAUCAUCCAUGAGUGGGCCCAGUUUGACAAGAAAACUUGUGCCAUGCUCAAUGGAACCCUGACUGGUUACGACUGCGGUAAGCCAGAGUACAUCUCUGAUGUAUUUCUGAUGUCGAUCAUCCUGUUCAUCGGGACCUACAUCAUCUCGGUGAUCUUGAAGGACUUCAAGAACGCCCUCUUCUUCCCAUCGAACGUGCGGCAGUUCGUGAGCGACUUUGCCGUAAUCAUUGCGAUCCUCUCGAUGACGAUGCUGGAUUUCGUGACCAAC